UCUGCACUGCCCCACGCAGCAACCACAGCAACCACAGCAACCACAGCAACCACAGCAACCACAGCAAUCACAGCAACCACAGCAACCACAGCAACCACAGCAAUCACAGCAACCACAGCAACCACAGCAACCACAGCAACCACAGCAACCACAGCAAUCACAGCAACCACAGCAACCACAGCAACCACAGGAAUCACAGGAACCACAACAACCACAGUGACCGCAGCAACCACAGCAAUCACAGGAACCACAGCAACCACAGCAAUCACAGCAAUCACAGCAACCACAGCAACCACAGCAACCACAGCAACCACAGCAACCACAGGAAUCACAGGAACCACAGCAACCACAGGAACCACAGCAACCACAGCAACCACAGUGACCACAGCAACCACAGCAACCACAGGAACCACAGGAACCACAGCAACCACAGCAAUCACAGGAACCACAGCAACCACAGGAAUCACAGGAACCACAACAACCACAGCAACCACAGGAAUCACAGCAAUCACAGCAACCACAGCAACCACAGCAACCACAGCAACCACAGCAACCACAGCAAACACAGCAACCACAACAACCACAGCAACCACAGUGACCACAGCGACCACAGCGACCACAGCAACCACAGCGACCACAGCAAUCACAGCAACCACAACAACCACAGCAACCACAGCGAUCACAGCAACCACAGGAACCACAGGAACCGCAGCAACCACAGCAACCACAGUGACCACAGCAACCACAGCAACCACAGCAACCACAGCGACCACAGCAAUCACAGCAACCACAGCAACCACAGCGACCACAGCAAUCACAGGAAUCACAGGAAUCACAGGAACCACAGCAAUCACUGCAGCCAGCCUGGGUAGGGACAAACCUAGCAUCUGGCAGGGCUUCCUCUAA